CAGCACAGCACAACAUGUUGAUUGAUUAACGUAAAAGUUCCAUUCCAUAAUCUUCUGCUGGAGCGGCGUGAGAGAUCAGGUGGUGGUGGUGUAUGGCGGGGAUGGCUUGCUGUUGCGCUUGCCCCUCUUCUGCUUCUGCUUCUGCCCUGCCCUCUCGGACUCGGAGCAAUCUGGCAGCACCUUGGUUGGUAGUGGGGACUUACCAAGGAAGAACCCUGACACUGGCAGGUAGACAGCAAUCAAACAGGAGAAGGGGGAGGAGUUGUCUUGUGGUAAAAGCAGAGGUGAGUUUCGUGAACUCUGAAGACGCGAAGAAACUCGUUGCUGCCGAGGGAUACUCAAUCUUGGAUGUUCGUGACAGAACUCAGUUCGAGAGAGCUCAUAUAAAGGACUGCUAUCAUGUCCCAUUAUUUAUCGAAAACAAAGACAAUGAUUUGGGGACCAUUGUAAAGAGAACCCUCCACAACAACUUUUCGGGUUUAUUCUUUGGCUUGCCUUUCACUAAACCCAACCCGGAUUUCGUUCAAAGUGUUAAGAGCCAGUUUUCACCUGGAAGCAAGCUGCUACUUGUUUGCCAGGAGGGACUCAGGUCAGUUGCUGCGGCAGAUAAAUUAGAUUCAGCUGGUUUUCAGAAGAUAGUGUGCAUUACAUCGGGGCUCCAAAGCGUACCGCCUGGUACUUUCAAUUCUGUUGGAUCGACUGAGCUCAAGGAUGCUGGAAAAGCAGGCUUAAUUACAGUGCAAGGAAAAAUUUCUGCUGUGUUAGGGACUGUCCUCAUCUGUGCACUUCUGUUCGUCACAUUCUUCCCCGAUCAAGCAGAAAAGCUCCUUGAGCUCGCCCCUACACGCUAGCUUUCCACAGAGUUAAACAUUCAGAUGAGAAGAGGGAGAGGGAGAGACAGAGACAGACACAGACACAGAGAAUUAUUAUCUCCUUCAAAACAGUAGAGUAUUAUUUGGAACUAAAUCAUCAAUUUGCUAAGGGAGUGGAAAUAUCACAGCUUGGUAAAGUGCAAUUUACUUCUUCUUUAA